GGAAAGUAGAAAAAGUCGAUACGAUGGGAAGACUAUCGCCCCCUUCGCGACCUUUCUUCUCCUCUCAUGUCGGACAUCACCCUCCCUCUUUCUCUUUCUUCUUAUCUAUAGAGCUCUCUCACUCUCUUUUUCAAAUAUACAAAAGCUACGUUAUCUUUGAUAAUUCUUUUGUUAUUUAAACUCAAAACCCUUUAAAUGGACGCUGUAAUUGGAGGUGCUGAAGGAGAGAUUAGGGUUUAUUAUUUCAUUCCCAGAUUGAUCUCCGGCGCUAUCUCCGGUGCUCUUACUGGUCUCUUCGCAUUCGGUGGGGCCUUCACGGGUGCCAUCACUGGUGCUGUGGCAGGUAGAGCUUCUGAUUGUGGGGCCCUCCGUGGAGCUGGACUCGGUGCUCUUGCUGGAGCUGUUCUUUCUGUUGAGGUUUUAGAAGCUUCACGUGCUUAUUGGUCUCAAGAACUCGCUUCCAACAGAAACUCAUCAAUGGCAGAUUUUAUGGAGGAGCUUCUUCGUGGAAGGUUUUCAGAGGAACGUUUUCCACCUGAACUUUUAACAGCAUAUCAUUUUCAGCAGGUGAGCAUGAGUCCUGUUGAUGUACUUGAUUUUAAUGAUGACGUGGCACACAAAGGGUUGUCAGAUGAUUCAUUGAGACGUUUACCAUGGCACAAGAUUUCAGAUGAAAGUAAACCGAAUCAAACCAUUUGUUGCACAAUAUGUUUGCAGGAUGUUAAAGUUGGUGAAAUUGCUCGAAGCUUGCCUCAUUGUCAACACAUGUUUCACCAGAGUUGUGUGGAUAAGUGGUUAUCUAGACAUGGAUCAUGCCCCAUAUGCCGACAACAUGUAUGA